AUGGCACGAUACGCCCAGUUCGACUUCUACCAACAAUCCCCUUCAACACUAGACGUGCCCCCUUCUGAAGAGGACGAGAUGAGCGUACUAGACGACAAAAUCCUCGACCCCAUCUCCCCGGGGCUCUCCGACCCCCGCCGCCCCUCCUACGACCAAGACAGCACUGCCGCCGCAUUCUCACAUCGCAACUCCGUCUGGUCCAACUAUUCUCAUGCCAGCCCCGACCAGCCGCAGUCGCGUCCGCCAUCCCAUCUAACUCAGGCGGUCCUCGACUCCUCCGGCACCCAGUUCAUGGCCGUCGACGGGCCCCAGUCCUAUGCGCCGCCGCAGGCUUCCUGGUCUCUCUCCCGCACGGCCUCCGGCUCAUGCACUCCCACCGCAUACGGCCAGUACCCUGCCGAAGCAGAGCAAGGUGCGUCGGCGCCCUUCUCCGGCGGUGCGGUGGGUCCCGUCGGCGCCAUCCCCAUGGGCGCUGUGUCGUACCGCGGCGCAAUGAACUUUGCCGCGCCGCCGGGUGCGGGCGGGGUCGCCAUGUCCCCGCAGUCGAGUCAGGGUUGGAUGCCGGCACCAAUGGACCUGGCCGAGGCGGCGACGAAGAGCUCAUACCGGAACGGGUCGCCGCUGACCGUCCGGAGGGAUGGCAUCCGCAAGAAGAACGCGCGCUUUGAGAUCCCCGCGGAGCGCACGUUGAGUAAUAUUGACCAGUUGAUUAGCCAGUCCACCAAUGAGGAGGAGGUGAAGGAGCUGAAGCAGCAGAAGCGGCUGUUGCGAAAUCGACAGGCUGCCCUGGACUCGCGCCAACGCAAAAAACUCCACACGGAGAAACUCGAAGAGGAGAAAAAGCACUAUACCCACACCAUCAGCCGGCUGGAGGAGAUGGUGUCCAACCUGCGGGAGAGCGAAGCCGAGCUGAUGCGGGAGAAGAGCGAGUGGAUCGCGCAGCAGCAGCAGAUCACCAACUACCUGGAGAGCGUGCACAUGGAGAAAAACGAGAUGAUCCGCGUGCACACGCUGGAGACUGCCGAGUUGCGCAAGAAGAACAAUAUCCUGCUCGAGACAGUCGAGAAGCUCGAGCGCGGCGGCAAGCCCACCAUGGCCGACCACGCCCACCCCCAUACGACCGACUUCACCGGCUUCGAGAACCUAUCUAUGGACGCCAAUCCGUGGGACGAGUUCGGCAUGGUGAAUGGGCUGAACAUGCAGGACGCUGUUCCUGCCGCUCAUUCUCAUGCUCACGCUCAUGCUCAUGCUCAUUCGCACCCGCAGGCCCAGCCUCUCCAGGUCGCCGAGCGUGCUGCCGAGAAGCAGCCCACCGCGGACUACCCCUUCAGCUGGAAUGCGUUCUACAUGUGCCUGCUCUUCGGCGCUUUCAUCGCCUCCAACUCCGGCCUCCCGAACCAGUCGCUCCCCCAACUCUCAGAAGAGUACCGCGCCGAAUCCGCCAACGUGCUGAAAGCAGUCCUCGCCUCCUCUCCACCCGACCUUGCACACCCCUCCCACGCCGUCUCGGCAUCUGCAUCCGCAUCCGCCCCCAUCGGUCAGCCUACCAUCGCCAUGGGCAUGGCCCAGCUGGCCAACUCACAGCAGCAGCCUUCGACGCUGGACCAGCUGCAUGACACGCUCGUCCUACCCAGCGAGGAGCAGGAGCGCGCGCAGGUUUUCGCGCUGAACGCCGACACGUACAACACGCUGACGACGUUCGAGGACGACGGCGUGCCCUUCAAGGCUCCCCCAUCUGGAUUGCAGGCUGCGCUGGCGGCGAUGCGCAGUAAUGCUGUGCAGCACCGGGUGCAGGGCGGCGAGGAUGUGUACUCGCGUAGCUUGAUGUGGGAGCGGGUUCCAGAGAAGGUUAUUCGUGAUUUUAGGCGCAUGGUGCAGGAGUAUGGGGGGAGCCCGGUCAAGGAGGAGAUGAUGGGAUUUCAGGCUUGA